AUGACGCUCUCCCGCUAUCGCCGCCUCGCCGAUGCCGCUGGCAACAAGGGCGGUCCGGCCGGCGCGGACGACGGCACACACCGCCACCACAUCCCCGCCGCCGCCAACGCCACGUCCCCCGACUCCUCGUCGCCUGAGGCAGCGGAAUCGGAGCUUUCGGCGUCGUCGUGGCAGCCUCUCCCACGCUCCGUCCUGCACCUCUACCAUGUCGGUACGAGCCCUACUACCACCGGAUACGCCGCCCCUUUCGUGCCGUGGGCUUCGCGCGCCGGCGAGAUGUUCUACUCUUGGCGCAACAAGACGUCGUCUCUGCCGUGGAUGCGGAGGCGCAGUCUCGUCGGCCACAGCGACGUGCCCCUUUCGCCAAAGCCGUCCACUGCGUCCCGCGGCGCUCCUGCUCAGAAGCCGUUCAUCCCGUGGUUCCCCGGCGAUCCUCGGGCGCACACACCAAGCGGCCCUCCUUCUCAGAAGCCGUUCAUCAAGUGGACCCACGGCGAUCCUCGGGCGCACACCCUGAUGUUGCCUGCUUGGUCCCGUUUCGCUCUCGCCAACCUGCAGUGCGCGCCUCCUCUUGCUCCUCCUCCUCCACCUCUGCAGAGGCAGAGCAACCAGGAUGCAUCGCAUCCACCUCCUCCAGCUGAGGCUAGUAAGGACUAUCAGGGAUUCUUGGCUCAGCUGGCAUUUGCUGCUUUAGUGAUCAUGGGUGUUAGAGAUGGCCUCGAUGAUUUGCUGUCUGGUUGGAGCAAAGCUCUGAAGGUGAUCUUCGUGGUGUCGCUAAUUGUGGGAGCUGGUACAUUGGCAGCAGGUCUUAUGGCCACUUCUCCAGUCGUAUCUACAGGCUACGCACGUACAGUGUUGUCCACGUGCGCCCGCUUUUGCACCUGUCUUGCUGCUUUCGUUCUGAUCGUUGACCUCUCGGUUAUCAUGGGGAGUCAUGGAUAUAUUGCUGGGAUUAUCCUUGGUCUAGUGUCUGUCUUGUUCUCAGUGUCAGUUUGGAUCAAGGGUGACCCAGCUGCCUAUGGUGUUUACAUGAGGGCGCGGAAUGGCACAAAGCAUUUGUGUGGGUGCUUCAAGUGGUCUCGUCAGAGAGGUCCAAUCCUCCCAACAUGAAGACAUUAUAUAUAUUUCUAGUCCGUGGUAUUAUAUUUCUGUUGACCACGAUCAGUACAUCUAAGUCUCACCUGAUUGUUUCCGGUUUACAUCUCUGUCAUUUGAUGACAUGGCCGUGUAUCAUGCCUAGAUUUGUUGUGCAUGAGCUUCUCUUGAAUCAACUUUUUGUCUACUAGUAUGUUUAACCGGUAGUUUCCUUCA